UAGACUGCUUGCCCCCAGUGCUUCUCUGGAGCAGGGGCCGCCAGUCCCCGGCCGGCUCGCUCCACCCCACCCCGUCUGUACCUCCUCCUUCUGAGAGGGGCGGGGCUCCUCUUUGCCCUGCCCCCACUCCCCUCACGGUGCUGGGCUCCUGCUCUGGAUCGCGACAAGCUUGGCUGCUGGAGCAGGAGCAGCAGGAGCGGGAGCGGGAGUCGAGUCGAGGAGGGGCCGGAGGCAGUCAGGAGCGGGAGCCCGGACGCUUAAACAUCAUGGAGCUGUAUUUUGGAGAAUAUAAGCAUGUGCAGCAGGAAUAUGGAGUACACCUUAGGCUUGAAAGUGAUGAGACCAAGAAAUCAAGGCUUUCUCAGAAUGCCAAGACAGGAUCUUAUGGUGUCAGUAUUAGAGUACAAGGAAUUGAUGGCCACCCAUACAUCGUACUGAAUAAUACAGAGAGAUGUUUGACAGGCGUUCCUUUUGCAGAAAAUGGGCCAUCAUUUACAUCUCCAGCAGUCAGUGACCUGCCUUUACAUUCCAACAUUGAUCCCAGACUGGAAGAGAAAGCCAGUGAAGAGCUACGGUUCCCAGAAAACCCAUAUGCACAGCCCAGUGCAUUUAGAAGUCUAAAGCCAGCCAGCCUUUAUGAAGGUAAGAAUGGAUUUCUUGACCACAGAGAUAGUUCACUAAAAUCUUCCAACAUGUUGAACUUUCAGAGACACCCUGAACUUUUGCAGCCUUAUAAUCCUGAAAAGAAUGAGUUGAAUUUAGAGACUCACAGAUCUCCUGAGGGCAAUUGGACCAAAACACCUACAGAGGAAACUAGAAGUGAUAAACGUUCUCGAACUUACUUUUCUAAACCUGCUACUUCUCAGCCGGCUAGCUUGCCUUCGGGAGAUAUGUCAAAAUGCAAUGUGACAGCCAUUCGUUUGUGCAGCUCUAUUGUGAUAGAGGAUCCCAAGAAGCAGGCAUCAGUGUGUCUAAAUGUUCAGAGCUGUGCCAACGAGGGGCUGCCAGCCGAGUCUCCUACUGCUGGCGAGAAACCCCUCAUUGCCAUUCACCCAGAUACUCAUCAGGAAAGCAAAAAAAGUCGGCCCGAUGUUCUCCCCUUUCGCCGACAAGAUUCUGCUGGGCCAAUAUUGGAUGGUUACAGGUCGCGGAGAUCCUCCUCUUCCUCAGUAACCCCGACUUCAGCCAACUCUUUGUACAAAUUUUUACUGGAUGACCAAGAUUAUGCCAUCCAUGCUGACAAUGUGAAUCGUCACGAAAAUAGAAGAUAUAUUCCCUUCAUGCCAGGUACAGGCCGGGAUAUUGACACAGGAUCCAUUCCAGGUGUAGAUCAAUUAAUUGAAAAAUUUGAUCAGAAGGUUGGCUCUCAGAGAAGAGGGAGAUCUGGGAAACGGAACAGAAUUCAUCCAGAUGAUCGCAAGAGGUCUAGAAGUGUAGAUAGUGCCUUUCCUUUUGGUCUACAGGGAGACUCUGAGUACUUAGACGAGUUUAGCCGAAACUUGGGUAAAUCAAACGAACAUCUCCUCAGACCAUCUCAAGUUUGGCAGCAGAAGCCCCUGUCUCGAGAUCGCCGCCUGCCUUCCGGUGGGAAACACACCAUGGUAGGACAGACGUCUGGGAAACUGCAGGAACCAGGUCAGGAUGCUCUCGAUGGACAGCCCGGGCCUUCACAGUUCAGUAAUGCAAGCAAAGGUUAUGAAAAUAAAGUUAACAAAGACAGUGGGAUGAAGAGACCUCUCACACUCUCAGCCCAGAAUAAAAAGGAGGAAGAAAUAAAAACAGCAACUGCCACGGUGUUGUUACAGAAUCAGGCUGCGGCCACAUCGCCUGAUUCAGGAACGAAGAAAAUUUCUAUCAAGACAGUAUCCUCUGUUACAAAUACUCAGGCCACACCUGACUUGUUGAAAGGUCAGCAAGAGCUUGCUCAACAAACGAAUGAGGAGACGGCUAAGCAGAUCCUUUACAAUUACCUCAAAGAAGGGAGCACUGAUAAUGAUGAUGCCACUAAGAGAAAAGUAAACCUGGUCUUUGAGAAGAUUCAGACGUUAAAAUCUAGAGCAGCUGGAAGUGCACAAGGAAACAAUCGAGUUUCUGAUUCUUCAGCUGAAGUCAGAGAACUACUGGAACAGAGAAACAAACUGAACAGGGAGGUUUCAGAACUUCAGAAACAGCUCAAUCUAGAAAUUAGGAAUCAACAAAACAUCAAAGAAGAGCGAGACCGAAUGAAAGCCAACCUUGAGGAGCUUCAAAGCCAACAUGAGGAGAAGGAGAAGGAGGACUCGACGCUGCAGAAACGUUUGGAUGACAGUGAAAUGGAACUCAGGAAAAAUCUAGAGGAGUUGUUUCAGGUGAAGAUGGAACGGGAGCAGCACCAGACAGAGAUCAGAGAUCUCCAGGACCAGCUCUCAGAAAUGCACGAUGAGUUGGAUAAUGCAAAACACUCAGAUGAUGGGGAGAAGGGAGCCCUGAUUGAGGAACUACUGCAAACAAAGCGGGAUCUGCAGGAUGUUUUGAUAGCCAAAGAAGAGCAAGAAGAUCUGCUAAGAAAGAGAGAGAGAGAACUCACUGCCUUGAAGGGAGCAUUAAAAGAAGAAGUGUCAAGCCAUGAUCAGGAGAUGGAUAAACUCAAGGAGCAGUAUGAUGCAGAACUCCAGGCUCUGAGAGAGAGUGUAGAAGAAGCCACCAAGAAUGUUGCAGUCCUGGCCCAUCGGAGUAGCACUUCACAAGCGACUCAGUUAGGAGCAGAAAACCAGGUGAAGGCCCUAGCCGAAGAAAAUGAGAAACUACGGGAAAAAAUCAAAGAACUGGAACUGAGCAUGACACAACUUCAGACACGGGUUGACGAGAUGAAAUUAGGUGAAGUCAAAAUGAAGGAAAAACUAAAGAAAUGUGAGGGAGAAAAGCAGCAAUUAGAAGAAGCCCUUUUACAUGCCAAAGACAAAGAAAAGGAAAUGCUGUCAGCAAAAAGGGUCCUGGAGAAUCAACUAGAGGACAUUCAGAGAAAUCUCAGCCGGGCCACACAGGAGCAGCAAAAUCUCUCUGAGAAGUUACAAGAUGAGACAGAUCAGAAGGAACAGUUGAGAAGGUUGAAGAAUGAAAUGGAGAACGAGCGAUGGCAACUGGACAAGACCAUUGAGAAACUUCACAAGGAGAUGGCUGACAUUGUGGAGGUUUCACGGACAUCGACUCUGGAACUUCAGAACCAGCUGGAUGAAUACAAGGAGAAAAAUCGCCGAGAGCUUGCCGAAAUGCAGAGGCAAUUAAAGGAGAAAACCAUGGAGGCAGAAAAAUCCCGCCUGACAGCCAUAAAAAUGCAAGAUGAGAUGCGCCUGAUGGAGGAGGAGUUACGAGACUGCCAGAGAGCUCAAGAUGAAGCCCUCACAAAAAGAGAACUUCUGGAACAAACGUUGAAAGACCUAGAGUAUGAACUGGAGGCCAAGAGUCAUCUUAAGGAGGAUCGCAGUAGACAAGUCAAGCAAAUGGAGGACAAAAUUUCUCAGCUGGAGAUGGAACUAGAUGAAGAAAGGAACAAUUCUGAUUUGUUGUCUGAGAGGAUCACCAGGAGCAGGGAACAGAUUGAACAAAUGAGGAGUGAGUUGCUACAAGAGAGAGCUGUAAGACAAGAUUUGGAGUGUGAUAAGAUUUCCCUGGAGAGACAGAAUAAGGAUUUAAAGAGCCGGAUAGUUCACCUGGAAGGUUCAUAUAGAUCUAGUAAAGAAGGUCUAGUGGUGCAGAUGGAAGCCAGGAUCUCAGAGCUAGAAGACCGGCUGGAGAAUGAAGAGAGGGACAGAGCUAAUCUUCAGCUGACCAAUCGAAGACUGGAAAGGAAAGUGAAGGAGUUGGUGAUGCAGGUAGAUGAUGAGCAUCUCUCCUUAACUGACCAAAAGGACCAGCUGAGCUUACGUUUAAAGGCAAUGAAGCGCCAGGUUGAGGAAGCAGAAGAAGAGAUUGACAGGCUGGAAAGUUCAAAAAAGAAGCUUCAGAGAGAGCUGGAAGAGCAGAUGGAUGUGAAUGAGCAGCUACAGGGACAGCUCAGCAACAUGAAAAAGGACUUAAGACACAAGAAGAUACCGAGUAAAGUGCUGGAUGAUCUCGAUGAUGAUGAUGAUGACGACUUCAGUACUGAUGGGGGUAGUCUGUAUGAAGCACCCAUGGGAUAUCCAUUCUCAAAGGAAAAUGACCCCACUAAAUCUACUUCUGCUUCCCUUAGUGUUUGAGCAGCACAUCCAUCUAAACAAGCCACCAAAGUGUAGCUGACCAGAGCCAGAUGCAUAAAAGGGUCCAUCUGGAGUGGAGACCUUUUCCCUUUAUUCACAAUAUGUGCCAUUUCCUCAAGUAUUAGAAGGCUCACUUUGGGUAGCCAGGCUGCAGAGCAGCUCUCACAUCCAAGGCAGGUAGUUCCUGUGUUAUAAAACAUUUAGAAACCUGAUAGAUAGGGCUUACCACUGGUUAUUUACCCUUUGAGCACUAGCUCAUAUAGUAAAAAAUCAAGGUGGUUAAAAAGUCAAAAGCAGGUCAAAUGAGGCCAAGAUCCAUAUGAAUAAUUUUCCCUUAGUCACAACCAUUUGAUUGUGUUCCCCACCCAACCUGAUGAUCCCAAAUGACAGGAUAUAGGGCAUAGUUUCUAAUUAAAUAAUGAUAUAUCUCCUAGAAUCUGAUGAUCCCAAAUGCCAGGGUAUAGGUUAUAUUUAGUAACUCUAAGUUGGGGAAAUAUGAUGUAUAGGUUGUAAAUAUGUUAAACCAGACCUCACUGACUUCUCUAGUUCCAUUUUGGAAAGCCCUAGAAGUUUUACAGGUCAGUUUCAUAUGUAAAGUAUACAAAUCUAUAUUGAGUAUUAUAUCUUUUUAAAUAAGAAACUACUAGAUUUUAAGUAUUAAGAUUGAUUAAGGACCAUUUUGAAAAUCAAUAUAAAAAGGAGAUGGCUAGGUCUUGAAGGAAUUUAAGUAAUAAUAGCCAUGUUCUUUGGAAAAGCCAUUUUUUAAUAAAGGGGAGGUAGUCA